AUGACAGAAGCGGGAAAGCUGCCCCCACCACUGCCCCCACGACUGGACUGGUUCGUGCAGACGCAGGUGGUUCAGCUGGCCCAAGAAGGGGUCCCUGCAUGGUUCCACGGUGCCAUCUCGAGACAGGACGCCGAGAAUUUGCUGGAGUUACAGCCACUGGGAUCCUUUCUCAUUAGAGUGAGUCACAGCCACGUGGGCUACACACUGUCCUACAAAGCCCAAAGCUGCUGCCGCCACUUCAUGGUGAAGCUCUUGGAUGACGGGAGCUUCGUGAUCCCCGGAGAGGAGAAGGCGCACACCUCGCUGGACGCCCUGGUCACCUUCCACCAGCAGCAGCCUGUGCGGCCGCACAGGGACCUGCUGACUCAGCCCUGUGGGCAGAAGGAUCCAGAGAACUUGGAUUAUGAGGAUCUCUUCUGUUACGCCAAUGCAUUGACUGAGGAAGUUGCCAGCCCCGCCCAUGUCCCCAGGGAACAUCAGAAUCCUUCCUCUUGUCCCAGGGCUGCACCUGAGGAGACCUCCGCGAGGCCGGUCCUGCUCCAUCACCCAAGGGGAAGGAAGCCACCAGCAGAGAUGGACAGAGCUUCCACGGAGGAAGCCACUUCCUCCUGCCCCCCAAAAGCUCCUCUUGAGAAGGCUUGCCAGAAACUCUGGAGGAACCUCAAGAUGCUCCCCCAGACAGGCAAGAGGGUUCAGCAGCAGCUGACAUCCCACCUGCCUUCUACGAACUUGUCAUCACUCUGGAGUGCUGGGCCACCGGCAGUGACACACAGCUCGGGGACCAGGCCAGGUGACGCACACUGGGAAGAUAAUGUCGACACAGACCGCUCUGUGGCCAUGUCCCUUGCAAGCCCCUCGCAGCCCCAGGAUCUGAGAGGCAGAGCUGACCCCUCCAGGAAGGUCUCAAGAUUGGCCAGCUGGAGCGAGGCAACCCCGAGGGUCAAGGGUUGGCACCAAGCAGUAGUGAGGGUCCUGUCCCCAAAACUGUCCAAACCAGAGACAAAGGACUUGGCAGAACCCCAGAAGGACUGGCUCCCCGAGGAGUACCGCCCACCGCCACCCUUCGCCCCUGGGUACUGUUAG